AUGUCGCAAAACGGAGCUGGGGGCGGAAAGCCUCGCAAGUCACUUAUCCUGAAUGCCUUCGUCGAGAUGUGCAGUGGACAUCAGUCUCCCGGCUUAUGGCGCCACCCAGAAGACGAGUCCUGGCGAUUCAACGAUGUCGACCACUGGAUUGAGCUUGCUCAACUCCUCGAGUCUGCCAAGUUCCAUGGCAUCUUUAUCGCAGAUGUUUUGGGGGGAUAUGAUGUCUACAAGGGGCCCAAGAAUUUGGAUCCUGCAAUAGUAUCCGGAGCCCAGUGGCCCGUGAACGAGCCCUUGGCUGUGGUUCCAGCAAUGGCUGCAGCGACAAAGAAUAUUGGAUUCGGCGUGACAGUCACAACGACAUACGAGCAGCCUUACCACCUUGCUCGGAGACUGUCUACCGUGGAUCACCUCACGAAGGGACGACUAGGGUGGAAUCAAGACCAGGUCGUAACUGGUUAUCUCGAUUCUGCGGCACGAAACAUGGGCCAAGCAGAACAACCACAUCAUGAUGACCGAUAUGCUGUCGCAGAAGAGUAUGUUAAAGUUACGUAUAAGCUGUGGGAGUCUUCAUGGCGCCAGGACGCCGUGGUGCUGGACCGCGAACGAGGCGUCUACACCGAACCAUCGCGUGUGCGGCAAAUCAAUCACGAGGGCAAGUACUUCAGCGUGCCCGGGCCUCACCUUACCCAGCCAAGUCCUCAGCGCACACCAGUCAUCCUCCAAGCUGGAACCUCUAAAGCCGGCAAGACCUUUGCUGCUCAGCAUGCGGAAGCCAUCUUUGUUGCUGGGCACAGCCCUUCGGUGGUUGCAAAGAACGUGGCUGAGAUUCGCCAGCUGGCCAAGGACCAAUUCGGACGGGACCCCCAAAGUAUCAAAUUCCUAGCCUUGCUGUGUCCCGUGCUUGGUCACACUGAAGAGGAGGCGGUUGAGAAAUUCAAGUAUUACCGCAGCUUGGGAUCCAUCGACGGGGCGCUGGCGCUUUUUGGAGGCUGGACUGGCAUUGACUUGGACAAAUAUGGCGACGACGAGGAGCUGCGACAUGUUGAGAGUAAUGCGAUUCGGUCGGCGGUCGAGGGCUGGUCGAAGGCGACCCCCGAGGUCGCCAAGUGGACCAAGAAGACUGUGGGGGAGCACAUCACCGUCGGCGGUCUCGGUGCCACGACUGUUGGCACACCACAGCAGGUCGCAGAUGCUAUGGAGCGUUGGGUGGAAGAAGCCGAUGUGGAUGGAUUCAAUUUGGCCUACGCAGUCAAGCCAGGAUCCUUCAAGGACGUGAUUGAUCUGCUGAUCCCCGAACUUCGCAAGCGAGGACUCUUCUGGGACGAGUACGCGGUGCAGAAGGGAACCUAUCGCGAAAACCUGUACGGACGUCCGGGUCAAUCUGGACCACCCUCUGACCAUCCGGCGUUCAAGUACAGAUGGAAUGCUGGCGUUGAAGCUGCGGAUGCGCCAAUCCCAGGCAACUAA